AUGAGAAGCUUCGACUCUUGCGCAGUCAAAGUCGAAUUGCGCAAAAAGGAUCAAAAAGGUGUUGGACAUUUGGUGCGCCGGUGCUGCGGCCUUCCAUUCUGGUUGGAUCUGGAGAGCUCGAGGAGGGUAUCUGAUGACAUGGGAAGACCCCUCCACUUCAGCAGUCAGAUCCCCCUAUCUGGUGGUUUCAACCACGCGCACCGUGAGCGGCCUGCUGUUUGGGCCUCCGCGAAAAGUGCUUUGGAGGUGCUGGAACAUCCAGUUAGGACCGUCGCCAGCUUCAUGUCGGAGGUGGUGAGUGAAACAGCCGAGCAGAUCGCUGCUGCGGUGCCGGCGGUGAUUGCCCGAGCAGUCAUUGAUUGGCACUUCAAAGGUCCUUUGGCCGAACUGGAGCAGCUUGAAAACUGGUGGGAAAGUGCGAGGCAAGCGCUUGAAAGCCGACCAGAGCUAUGGGAACGUUUGGUACAGGACGAAGGCAUUUUUCUGCGUCGCAUCGAUCGAGGUGUUGACGCAUUGCGAGCAGCCAGGCAGAUCUACUUGAGCCAUGCCAACUUUGGCGUUGACUUAGAGACGUCGGGCAGCGGCUGGCCAACUCAGACCUUGGACUUGUUGUCGGACGCUGCUGCCGAGAUGACGUCGCGGCUGAGGCCGGUCCGCGACUCAGCGGCUUGGCGAGUGGUGGACGCAGCGAAGGCCAUAGAGAAAGAGUUGAGUCAAGCGAAUGUGAGGCAGGAAACUUGGAGUACUAGUGAGCGGGAUGCCAUUCACCUCAUCAUCAAGGUGCUGUCGCGCAAAACAGAUGCAGGAGCUGUAGAUGGCGACAGAGUUAGCGUGCUGAUGGAUCGUGUUGCGAAGCUCAUGACCUUGCUGCAAACUUUGCGCGAGACCUUUGUGAAGGACUUGGCCAAAGUCUUAGAUGACUUGCUUCGUGCCGUGGUGUCCUUGCGGGAGGAGCUGAGCGUCUCGGACUGCGCGGAGGCGGUGGAGGACUGCGUCCAGCAGUGGUACACGCUGGGCGAGCAGUGCAAUGCUGGCAGCCGCAUGGAAGAGGCCGUGGCGGCUUCACCAUGGCUACGGAAGGAUGUGAACCUACGGCAAGCACUGGCGACGCUGCGAGGCCUCCAUGUCUUCCUCCAACAUGCUGAUCUUCGCGCCCGCCUCCUCCAUGAGGAUGGCUAUGAAAGCUCAGAGUCUCAACAAGUGCAGGGUGGAGCGACGCACGAAGUGUGUCAUCCCCCAUCCCCAGCGCGUGCGGAGCAGUCGCAUUCGCCGCGUGGUGGAUAUGCCCCCAGGAGACAACGCUUCAAGGCGGAUGAUUCCGAAACUGUGAUCCCAGGGAGUCUGUCAUGA